CACUCACUACUCUUUUCUUUUAGUGAAUAUCUAUUUCUUCUGCUUCUGAGUUUUAUCCCCAAAGAUUGAAGCUCAAGCUCAGAGGAAACACCACAUGGGUGGAGGAGUGAUGCUACCACCACCGGUAGCCGGUGGGGUUGGGGCUGCCACCGCUGCUUCUGACCACCUCAAUCUACCAAGAGCUACUAACCUUCACUCUCCCAACCAACCCACUUCUUCUUCUUGUCCUUCUCAUCUGAACCUUCCAGUGGCAGCCAAUUCCACUGCAUCCUUCAGGCCAAUCGGAACCAAUUCUUCAUGCCCCGGUGAAAAUAAAAGUGUGGUUUGGUCUUAUUAUGACUCUGUUUUUGGCCCCGUUCCAUCUCCAACUGAAGCCAAUAAAGCCAUAUCUGACCUUCAAAGCUUCUUGCUGAGCUUUCAAAAGCCUGGAUUUGACUGGCUUCACCAGAUGAUAUCCCUUUACAGUCCAAGAAUGCUGCAAUCUUUGGGAUAUAGAAGAGUUGAUGAUGCUUUUAGGUUGCUCCAAACAGAACCCUCAAUUCAGAAAAUGGUCGUUUCAAUAUCAUCCGAUAAAGCAGUGUGGGAUGCCAUAAUGAACAACAAGGCAGUUCAGGAUCUCAGGCAGUCGCUCUGCAGAGCCAAAGAGGAAGGGCCCGAGAGCUCUGGAGAAGAUUUCGACUUAGCUGCACAGAUAGUGAAGUGGAUUUUGGACAUGGCUAAAGCAAUGGUUAUGGAACUCAUUGAGAAAUUCAGCUCUCUUGUAGACAAGUUAUUUCAGCCUCCCGACAGCAAAAACCCGGCUGCUGAAAUCGGUAACAAGCUGGAUAAUGAACUUAGAUCCUCAUUGCUCCUCUCCAUUGUCAUUAUUUUGAUUGUAGUAGUAACUCGAGCACAAGGGCUCCAUGGUUAGAAGUUCAGAGUCUGCAUUGUUAUGCAUAGAGCUCAAGAACAUUCACUUAGUUUGUUCUCAAGAAUCAGCUUAGUUGAAAAAACUUCUUUUGUCAGAAGCCAACAGACACCAAGAAUCUGUAUCUGGGGAUCUAUGAAUACAGCACAGAAGAAUUUACUUCACAGAUUCUGUUCUUUCUUUUUUUUUUUUCCUUUUAGCAUCUGAAACUUCCAUGAUUCUGAUCAAUAUGUGGAAAAGUGAGCUUAUUACAAUACCUUUUGAGCAUCAUUAAAGUAUCGAUGUAUGUAAAUAAUAUACUAUUUUACUACGUAUAUCUGAUAUUGUUUACAU